CUCUUUCUCUCACGCGCGACACAGAAGCAUAACACGUAGUCACUUACUGUAGGUUUCUGUGCCUUCAAUGGAACAGCUAAACUGGGAGCAGGACGAGCAGGAGCUCAGCCUUGAGCUCACCCUCCGCAUGACCUGGGCGGCGCAGGCGGAGGCGGAGCAGGGCGGCUUCUUCCUCUGCGUCUACUGCGACCGCAAGUUCCGCAGCUCGCAGGCGCUCGGCGGCCACCAGAACGCGCACAAGCACGAGCGCAGCGUCGCCAAGCGCCGGCGGGAGAUCGCCGCCAGCACGCGCGCGCAUGGGGCGGGCGGCGCACCUGCCGCGGCGCAGGACGCAAGGCCGGGCGGGUACGCGGGCGACAGCGACUUCUUAUCGGCGGAUGGGAGGGCGAGGAAAACGGAGGCGCUCAAGGCCGCUCCUCCGAUGCUUGCUGGCAUGGCGCGCAAGCGCGGCAGCGCCCCGUCAGAGUACGCCUACGGCGCCUUCGAGCACGUCGCCGGCGAGGUGGACCUAUCUCUCAGGCUAUGAUCGGAUCCGCUGCUAGCAGUUUGUUUCGGUGUGCCAAUGUCUGCUGUGCGGUUCAUGUCAAAUGAACUGUUUGUUUCGAACUCUUGUGUGUUGAAUAAGAUUGAUCUGUUCUUCUCACAGAUUCUUCUUAUGGCUAGUUGAGUGUGGCUGAUGGUAUUAUUCCUUAGCCAGGAAGACAUGUUGGUUUACAUUUACAGGAGAUUUGGUCAGUCCUUCUGUUGUUUAA